AGUCGCUUCUCUCUUAGUUCACUUUUUCCAGACUGGUUUCACUCGUCCUCCCAUCAGACGCCAACUGAGACGCUUCUUCAGGACGAUCCUGUGGGGAAACCAUGCUCCUGAUGGGCCUUCGUCAGAUCGGUGCGUGUGUGGUGUUUUGCCUCGGCGGCGGUAUGGCCACGCCUCUACCUUUUUCCAGUUCUCUGGAGGGAAGUACAGAUGAGGAAGACCUCAGUAACUUUGCUUCCUCCCUGCCCACCAGCUACCUUUUCUCCGUGCCCCAAACCACACCUGCUGGCCCCACCCAUGUGGAAACUGACUUCCUGAGUCAGGUUGUGAACUUCCUGGAGGAGAACAUGCUCCUCAUCCUUGUGACAACCUCCUUUGUCCUCCUCAUCUUCUUUAUCAUCUGUGGGGCAAUAUUCAUGAGCCGCAGGCGAAAGGUCACCGCGUACUACCCUUCCUCCUUCCCCUCCAAAAUGUACGUGGACCACAGGGACAAAACCGGAGGUACAAAACCCUUUAAUGAAGUGCCAGAGAAACCUGCUCCCGAGCAGGAGAGUGAGCCUGUGGACUCUCACAGGCAGCUCCAGGCCGACAUCAUGAGGGCCGCCAAGAGGCUGCGGACGCCAAAUAAAUCUGUAGAUGCUGCAGAGGGAAGUGGCAGCAGUCAGAAAGCAGCAGACCACAGUCCUGGAGACAGCUCUAAGACAUGUGGCAGCGUCCUGGAUCCGCAGCUGCCAAGUUUCCCUGAGGAAAAGGAGCCAUGCGAGCUCCCCAACAUGGAAGAGGCAGCAGCAGCAGCAGGAGGCAGCACUGAGCUGAGCUGUCCUCCAGAGCAGCCUCAUCCAGAGCAGCCACAGCAACAAGGAGAUGAUCCAGAGCAGCCACAUCCAGAGAGAAAUGAUGCAGAGCAUCAACAUCCGGAGGGAAAUGAUCCAGAGCAGCCACAUCCAGAGCGAAAUGAUCCAGAGCAGCCACAUCCAGAGGGAGAUGAUCCAGAGCAGCCACAUCCAGAGGGAGAUGAUCCAGAGCCACAGCAUCAACAUGAAGAUGAUCUUGAGCAGCCUCAUGCAGGGGGAGAUCAUUCAGAGCAGCCUCAUCCAGAAGGAGAUGAUCCAGAGGGAGAUGAUCCAGAGCAGCCUUUGAUUGGCAGGAGUCUGCGGCCCUCCUCUAUGCAUAUCCACAAUGACUCUGCAACGCUUCAGCUGAUCGCAGGAGAGAAAACCGCAUUCUGACUCCUCUGAACACUAUGAACUUACUCAUUCUCCUGAGUCCACUAGGGGCAAUUUGUCCAUAAAUCCUAAAAAUGAUCUACAGAUUUGAGGUAUUUGUCCAGUGAGGGAAAGAUGAUGUGCAGCAGAGCUCACCAACGACUGGUUUUAUCAUUAUGACUUUUUACCUGCUACAAACAAUAUUUUCCUUUUACAUGUUUUUUUUUAAAAUCCUUUCAAAAUUGCUGCACAGCUAGAGAUUGUUGAGUUGGUAUGAUCUCCCUGUGUCUCUGUGGGUUUUCACCAGGUACCCCAAGUGUUAUGGUCAAUGGAUGGAUGGGGGCCACUUUAGUAAACAUGUAGUCGUAUGGUGCCCAUUAUCUGUCUUCAGCGCAUAAACAUUAAAUAGUUUAAGAACUAUAACUAUAAUUUAUGACAUAACCGCUUUUUAGAAUCGGUUUUGUUUGAUGGUGGUUGAAUGUUUUCACAGUACCUCUUUUCUAAAUCCCACCUUGACAUGUUAUAGCUUAUACACAAGCCGUGUUUAUGACAAAUGCAUUUCAUUUGUGUGAUCCACAUCCAUAACUAUUAUAUUGUGAAUUUUGCAUAAUUUACUAAAUAAGAUACCUGCAUGUGUAACGUAAAAAAACAUCUCUUAUUAUUCAGGAUGUUUCAAGUCAUUAAUUCCACUCGAAGCAAAAGAGGAUUCAGGAUUUUUUUAUUGCAGAUUUUCACAGAAGCAUUGCUAGAUACUUAUAAAUUACAGAUAAAACCAGUGGACCCUUUAAUGGUUUCUAGCAACUUCGCUUGGUGGCAUAUAUCAAAGGUGCAAGCUUAGGGUGCAGACAGGAUACAUAAUCAGCUCUUAGCCUUAAUCAAUAUCUCCAUCACACCUUUCACGACACUCCUCGCGCUCGACAAUCUUAAAAUAUUUCACAAUCUCAAAAAUAAGGCUCAACUUUGUACCAACCGCUCACAGCAGUGCUCACAUUGUGCGUUUAAGUGACAGGCUAAAAGGGUAAGAGGGCGCAGGGUUGGCCACAGACUAAGCCUGGUGUACCACUGCUACAGAGGGUUGACAAUGGUGGACUUGUUAUCAACGCAUUUGGUGUGUGCGUGUUUCAGUACUGCAGGAAGGUGAACUACAGCUUCUUCUCUCCCUGACAGCAGGAAGCAAGGGGAGGUGGGUUUAAAUGCUGGCCCUGACUGCCUCCUGCUGGUCGUCCUGCUGCUUGAGGCGAUAGUCAGCCAGAGCAGCCUUGAUGGCGUCCUCUGCCAGCACUGAAGGGGAACAGGAAAUAAAGGGUGAAUAUACACAAGUGGAGCAUUUGGUAAAAGAAGACAAUCAUGACAAGAAUCAGCCGUAGACUUACUGGAGCAGUGAAGUUUAACAGGAGGAAGACUGAGCUCUCUGGCAAUGUCAGUGUUCUUUAUUGUCAAAGCUUCAUCCACCUGAGAGAAAAAAAGAGCAAAAACCUUGCUGGUCAAUGAACAGAAGAAGAAGAAUAUAGGAAAUGGGAAACAGGAGUCAUGUCUGUUAUGUUAUCACUCACAGAUUUGCCCUUAACCCACUCGGUGGCCAGAGAGCUGGAGGCGAUGGCAGAGCCGCAGCCGAAGGUUUUGAACCUGGCAUCCACAAUCUUCCCCUGGGCAUCCACCUCAAUCUAUCGAGAUGAGAGAAUUCAUAGUUUUAAUGCAUAGUGAUCAUUUCAUUAUGAGCCAAGUAAUAACUACAUGUUUAUGUAAAUCAUAACAGGGGAAAUGAUUUAUAGCUAUGUUAAACUUAAUCAAAGACUUGAGCCAUCUACUUGGUGAAAUAAGAAUAUUUAGUCUAUCAGUGCUCUGUGUUGUUCUGCCACUUGUGAUUUGUUAUUAUAAUCCAUCUCUAAAAGCUCUUCAUGUACACAAAAGGCUGGGAUCCAUCCAUCCAUGGUACCUGGAGCUUCAUAACAUCUCCGCAGGCUGGAGCUCCCACCAAACCAGUCCCAACAUUCCUGGAGUUUUUGUCCAGCGAGCCGACGUUUCUCGGGUUCUCAUAGUGAUCCACCACCUUCAGAGGAAAGAAAGGAAUUAAUACAUCAGGGUGGGAGGCAGGAUUUUUUUUUAGAGGAAAUCAUAACACUGAAAUAAAUCCGAAGAGCCCAGACAUCAGCAGCAUCCUGGAAUGUUUUUCCCCCAUUCUGAAACAAUCACAAAAUGUCUAUAAAUCUUGUUUAUCGCUGUUAUACAACGACGCAUUUCCUCCAGAAAUAAACAGAUUAGGACUGGACGUCAUUGUCCACUACACCAA